GUUUGCGCAUCUCCUCAGAUGUAGACUAACAUAGAAGACAGUUUACUACGCCUAUAAUCUGAGGAAGAUGUACUAGAUUGUGUGAUUUUUAUCGUAGAUCAAGAAUUAUGUCAACUUGGAAGCCAUGCAUAUGUUGACUAGGUUUUGAUUUUUCAAUGACAAUCUUCUGCCUGGUAGACUCCUCUUGAUAAUUUGGUACAAGGAAUAAAGAAGACUUUACUAUGGCAUCUCUUUCUGAAGAGGAAGAGAACUAUGUUCGAAUGAGUUUGUUACUGACAGGAAUUUCUCCACGUGCUGUUAGAACCUGUUUUGAUAAUGAGUUUGCUCCAACAAAUUUAGAUGCCUCACUGAAGAAAGAGUAUAACAAACUGUUUGACCUGAAAAAGGAAGGUAUAAUCAACCAAUCACAAUGGAGUCUCCUGUUUCCAAUAUUGCCUGAUGUUCCAGAUUCUAAAACUUUUGAUGUGACUCUGAUGACAACAUUACUGUAUAACUUGACUCCUAUGACUCCUCCGUUGUGUGGAUUUGACCGUUUACCUACUGCCAUGGAAACCACACAAGCUUCAGAUUUAGCAAGAAUCAAGUACUACAGGAAUAACCUAGCUCAUCUAGAUGAUGGCAAAAUAGAUAUUAAUUUCUUCAACAUGGCAUGGGAUGAUGUAACUAGUGCCAUUGUAAGAUUAGGUGGGCAGCUAAUGAAACAGGAGUGUGAUCAUAUGAAAACCAAACAAUUAGAUCAAACCAACCAAGAAAUAAUGAUGGACAUCAAACAUUCUAAUAAUGAAAUCCAGGAGCUAAAAGAAUCACUUGAAAGUCUGAAGCAGUCACAUACUGAAAUGAUAAAAUCUCAUGAAUUACUACAAGAAAACCAUGCGGUUGUGACAAAAGAAAUAGAAGAAAUAAAGAUCUCUCAGAAUGACACUGUUCCUUGGAAUAUAAGAGCAAGAAUUAAAGAUACACUGAAAUCCUGGAAGGACAAUGAUGAUAAGAUGUUUAUAAACACAACAGCUGCCCGGUAUAUACUCAAAUCUAUACAGGAAAACAGUUGUGUAACUAUUACUGCUAGUUCUGGUGUAGGAAAAACAUACACUUUUCGACAUACAGCUUUACAAUUGGCAGAAGAAGAGUAUGAUGUUCUUCUUGUGACAAAGCCGAGUGACGUUUUGAGGUUUAACAAUCCAAAUAAGAAAACAUUGUUUGUUAUUGAUGAUUUAUGUGGGAACUUUUCAGUUGAUCAGAGUGACAUUAAAAGUUGGGAACCAGUGAUGGAGGAUAUAAAACAGAUUCUUGAUAAAAAACAAACAAAAAUACUUGCAGCGUGUCGGUUACAAGUGUACCAAGAUGAAAAGUUUGAUUCUUUAUCAGUUUUCAAGUCAUGUGUAUGUAACAUGUUAUCAGAUAACAUCUGUUUGUCAAAAACUGAAAAGCAUUCCAUAGCUAAGUUGUAUCUUAAAUCAAAAGCCUCUGAGAUUGGUGACUAUUAUGAUUUAUAUGACUGUUUUCCACUUUUAUGUAAACUGUACCAUGAUAAUCCUGAACUUACUGUUUCAGAUUUCUUUCAGAAUCCAUUUUCAGUUUAUGAAGCAGAGAUUGACAAGCUUCUGAAAAAAGGGUAUCACACUAAAUACUGUGCUUUGGCUUUAUGUGUCAUGUUUAACAACAUGUUGAAUGAAGAAAUCUUGACAGGAGAAGUGAAUGAAGUAACCAAAGCUACCAUCGAGAACACGUGUGAGUCAUGUCAAUUAGAUAGAGGAACAUCUAGACUUGUUUUACAAAAUGAACUAAACUCACUUACACAUACAUUCAUAAAGAAAGAACAAAACGUUUACAAGAUAAUACAUGAUAAAAUAUUUGACUUUUUAGCUUACUACUUUUGACAGAAAAUAAUCCCUUGCUUGAUAAAGAACGCAGACAUUGGUUUGAUCAAGGAACGAUUUUUAUUAGAAAGAAAGGAGGACAUGAACCAGUUUAUUACUAUUAUACCACUAAAGUAUCAUCACCUGUACAUACAGAGAAUGAUUGAUGACUGGUCAAAGGUUAAGGUACAAGGUGUAUUUAAUAACAUCAAUAUGAAUAUUCCUCAGUUCAGACACAAAUUUCUCUCCUUUUUGAAUACACUAGAUAUAUCUUACCAGAGAAAACUGGCACAGAUCUGUGAUAAACGUAAACGUCAGUCACCCCUCAUGAUUGAGUGUGAACAAGGU